CUAACUUUAAACUGAUAAGUCUUUUUCUUUCAAUUUUAUGGAGAUUUAUCAUAGUGUUUAUUCUGUCGGUAUUUGUUAAUAAACUUCACAGUCUUCAGAAUAAUCUUUCCAAAACUACUAUAUUUGUGUUAGGUUUUUGUGGUUUGCGAGGAGCUAUUAGUCAUGGUUUAACUGAGAUUGUCACACAAGAAUGCCUGAAUAACGUUGGAAUAGAUGUUAACAUGCUACGGUCUACAUCAGCUUUUCUAACAGUGUUCACAAUUAUCAUCAUUGGAACACUUAUGAAGCCACUUCUACAUCUGCUACAGAUGAAACAAGAAAACAAACCGACAAGUCUUUUUCAAACAUUGAAUCAGCAAGUUAUUUGGAAAAUGUGUGCAUGUGUUGACGAUAUUCUGGGAACAAAAGAAUGGGGAAGAAGGUCUUCAUGUGUGCCUAAGUUAGAAAGAUUUGCACGCCAUCUCCUACUACGUGAUCCUAUUGGACGUGAUGACAUCUUGGAAGCUUUUACGAAGAUCACCUUAGCUCUACAUAAUGCUGGAAUAGCUACAACUAAAAAUAAAGCGGAUCAUUAUUUAUCAAAAGUUUAUCCAUCUUUGAAACCAUUAUAUUUACAAAAUCAGCAGACAAUGCGUGGUGGUGGUAUACCAUCUGAAGUCUACUCAUCAACAAUGAGUUUAGAUAAACGCAAACCAUAUCAUCCGCAUUUUCAUUAUCAACCAAUACUUACUAAAAGUAUGCUAAAUAUACAUCGAUUACUCACUGGGAAAAAAAUAUCUCCAGAAGAUUUAAAAUCUGUCCCAAAAAAGAUAGAAAGAAAAUCAACUUUCAAAUCAUGGGGUUCAACAAAUGACUACCAACAGCCACCUACUGUUAAACAAUCAAAUGAUGUAAUGAUAACAUUUAAAAAACAAAGCAGUCGUGCAUUUUCAAGUGAAACUUUGCUAUCAGAAAAUAUAAAUGUGUUAAGCACGGAAAGAAGUUUCUCAGAGGAGUAUUUAUCCGCUUUGAGUAAAGAAAAUCAAAGCAAAGGGAAUUGGAGAGAACGAUUGAAAAAAUUUGUUACAUUUACAGGCUUAGAAAGUAAUAAAGUUGACCCGGAAACAGAAGAUGUGAAUACUAUGCUAUUUCUAUCUAGACAAUAUCAUACCGCUGAUAGUGUCACCUAUUUAGACAAAUUAAAACAUGCUAUGCAAUUAAAACAAAAUGCUAUACGAUUACAAAAUUAUAAAGGUCCCCUGUUAAGACUAUAUUCCGGUCGAUCAUUUGAUAGAAUGGCAAUGUCACCAAUGCAUGAAGGUGCUAUGAAUCCGCCUAAUACAACAGCAACAACUACCACUACUUUUACUAAACGCGUUACUCAUAAACCAAAACUGCCAACUAACUUUAUCCUGAAAACAGAAGAUGAAACAAAAGUGGAGAAGAAAGCAGAAACCAAUAUGGAACAUUCAUAA